CCCACCCCUGCACUGAAGAAAAGAGACGCCAGUAAAAAUCGUCGACUGAAAACAAAUCUAGAUUCAGCAUCAGAAAUUAGCGAGUUUUCCGCAAAAUCUCACCUUGCUCAUGUUUUAAACAAUGUCCAAUCGAACCGCGAACCAAGAGGACAGUAACGAGGCCCCAUAUGUCGUAGAGAAAGUUUUGGAUCGUCGAAUAACUUCCGCAGGUAAAAUCGAGUACUACCUCAAGUGGAAGGGUUAUUCAGAGGUAGACAAUACCUGGGAGCCUGAGGAAAACCUGGACUGCCCGGAGCUGAUAGCCAAGUACGAAGAAGCUCGCCGACAGAAGGAGUUCAAGGAAGCAAAGCGGAAGUCAGCCAAAAAGAAGCUGGAGGAAAUCAGCAAAGCACGCGGCUAUGACCGAAAUCUGCCACUGCUGCGUAUUGUCGGUGCCACGGAUUGUGGCGGUGAAUUAAUGUUCCUGGUGCAAUGGCAUGGUACCGAUGAAAUGGACAUUCUACAGGCUGCCACGGUAAACGAAAGGGACCCUCAAGUGGUAAUCGAGUACUACGAAUCGAAAAGUAAGAUUGUUGAAAAGGCCAAAGAACGAGCCAAGUUCGCCGCGUAUGAGGAAGAGCGCCCGGAAGUGGUCGAAGAUGAGUUCCAAACUAUUUCGGGCACUGAAAUUCCCAGCGCCGAGUUGGAGCAGUUGAUAGAAGCAUAGUGUGACGAAUCCAGUAUCGAUAAUCUACUUUAUGAAGAAGAGUUUAUUCAGCACAAAUAAAUAAUAUUGGCAUGAAAUAAGUAUCGAAAUGGAAGAAGAUAAAGCUUUUAGUUUAUUUUGAA